UUGAAUACAGAGUUUUGACCGUUUGUUUUGACAUAGACACCAAGAGCAAGAAUGAGCGGAUUUGGAAAGGUUAAAGAAAGGCGAGUGGCCUUCCAGCGGGUAAGAAAGUCGGCACUACAUUGCUGUGUGCCCCUUUGUACAAAUUCGUCCCGUUAUAAUCGGGAGAUAAGUUUUCAUUCAUUUCCUAUUAAUGCUGAGGUAAAGGCUCAGUGGCUGAUCAAGGUCCGUAGAGACAAUUUCAGCCCCACAAAAAAUACCCGUGUGUGCAGUAGGCAUUUUCUACCAGGAGACUUAUUGGUCACAGCUGGAGGACUGAACAGAGUACAGAAAGGAGCUACACCUGUUCUCUUUGCAUGGAAUAACUACGAGCUACCUACACCAAGACGUAAUGUUUGGGAGGAUCGGCCGAGGGCAGAGAGUCCCACCCCGGACUUGACAGCUGAGUACGAGGUGGAAACAGUUGCGCCGCUGGAUCAUAACUACUCUUUAAAUCCAGCGACGGCCGUGAUGGCCGACGAGAACGAAGCCUUGAAAAUGCAGGUUAGGGAGCGCCAACUCCAGCUGGAAGUGUUGCAACUGCGAUCUCGUUUCGGGAUACAACGCCUGGCAGGGUCGGACGAGGACAUUCGUUUCUACACCAGAUUUGCCACAUACAAGCAUUUCCUUGCCUUUUGGAAAAUGGUGGAGCCAGCAGCCAACACCAAGAUGGUGCGGAUCACCAACGCCAACUCUGCCAGCGGCUGGGAUUCCUCUCAACCAACAACAACAACAACGACACUUCCACCCAUAGAUGAGCUGCUGCUGUUCCUCAUGCACCUGUCAGCGGGCCUACAUCUGAGGGAUCUAGCAGAACGGUUUGGCAUUCACCGCACCACAGUCAGCAGAAUUAUUUCCACCUGGACACACUUCCUAUACCAACUGCUUGGAAGCAAACGUCUGUGGAUCCCACGCGAAGUUGUCAGAGCUCACCUUCCACCAGAGUUUUCAGCUUUCCCUGACACACAAGUGGUGCUUGACUGCACUGAAGUAUUCUGCCAGACUCCAUCAUCUCUCCUGCUGCAGAGUGAGGUGUUUUCAACGUACAAGUCACAUGCUACAUUCAAGGCCAUGAUCGGCAUGGCACCCCAUGGUGCCAUUACAUUUGUGUCGGGCUUGUAUGCUGGAUCUAUGAGUGACCGGGAGAUCUUCAAGCUGUCUGGCAUCGUGAGCCUGCUCACACCAGACAUGGCAAUAAUGGUCGACAAAGGGUUCCUUGUGGAAAAUCUGGUUCAGUGCAAAGUUUACCGGCCUGCCUUUCUGUCAAAAAAAGCCCAAAUAAGCAGGGAGGAUGUCAGGCAGACUCAAUCCAUUGCACAUCUGAGGGUCCAUGUGGAGAGGUGCAUCAGAAGGGUAAAAGAGAACAAACUCUUUGACAUAGCCAUACCACUGUCUGUGUGUGGAAGCAUUGAGGAGCUUUUCAAUGUAGCUUGCUUCCUGGUCAACUACCAGAACGGACCACUGGUGAAAGCAUGGGCAAGCCUGGGCAAGCCUGGGCAGCAAUGAUUAAAACAUGUCUUGCUCCCAAACCAAUUGUGUCCUUUACAAAAAGCAGUUAUACCAUACUAUGUUUAGGUACUAAUGAAUUAUAUCCUCAAAACAAACGCACACAUAAAUAACAUGGGGAAAAUACAUAAUUUAAUAAAUCCACAAUAUGAUAACAUUUUACAGAUUCAUUUAAUAAACUUUUACAAAACAUAGGUUGAUG